AUGUUCCAUGCUAAGAAACCUUCAAGUAUGAAUGGUUCAUAUGAGAACAGAGCUAUGUGCGUUCAAGGCGAUUCAGGCCUCGUCCUCACCACCGACCCUAAACCGCGUUUGCGUUGGACCGUCGAACUCCACGAGCGUUUUGUCGACGCGGUCGCUCAGCUCGGAGGCCCCGACAAAGCGACUCCAAAGACGAUUAUGAGAGUUAUGGGUGUGAAGGGUCUUACUCUUUACCACCUAAAGAGCCAUCUUCAGAAAUUCAGGCUUGGAAAGCAGCCGCACAAGGAGUACGGAGAUCACUCCACAAAGGAAGGUGCAAGAGCUUCUGCCAUGGAUAUUCAGCGGAACGUAGCUUCUUCUUCGGGCAUGAUGAGUCGCAACAUGAAUGAGAUGCAAAUGGAAGUGCAGAGAAGGUUGCACGAACAGCUAGAGGUGCAGAGACACUUGCAACUGAGGAUUGAAGCACAAGGAAAGUACAUGCAAUCUAUAUUGGAGAGAGCAUGCCAAACCCUAGCCGGUGAGAACAUGGCAGCCGCCGCCGCCGGAGGAGGAUACAAGAGUAAUUUGGGAAGUUCAAGUCUUUCCGCAGCAGUGGGCCAACCUCAUCCUCUAAGUUUCCCGCCAUUUCAAGACCUAAACAUUUAUGGAAACACCACCGACCAAGUCCUCGACCAUCAUAACUUCCAUCAUCCGAACAUAGAGAACCAUUUCACGGCCAACAAUGCUGCAGACACCAACAUUUACUUGGGAAAGAAGCGACCGAACCCAAAUUUUGGUAACGAUGUAAGGAAAGGACUUUUGAUGUGGUCUGAUCAAGAUCACGAUCUCACCGGAAACCAAUCGAUCGAUGAUGAGCAUCGGAUUCAGAUACAGAUGGCUACACAUGUCUCCACGGAUUUGGAUUCUUUGUCGGAAAUCUACGAGAGGAAAUCGGGUUUAUCGGGUGAUGAAGGGAAUAAUGGCGGGAAAUUACUGGAAAGGCCAUCGCCUCGAAGAUCACCGUUGAGUCCUAUGAUGAAUCCCAAUGCUGGAUUAAUACAAGGAAGAAACUCACCAUUUGGGUGA